GAGGCGGCAGGAAUGGAGCAGACGAGAAGUGGCCCCUGCUCUCUUCCCCAUGAGAACGAGUUUGUGUCCGGGUAUCCAGCGAGUAUCUGCAACAUCGUCCCCGGCAGCAAAUAUCUCUGCUGCAACUGCAACAAUGUCCUAAAGAAGGCGCAGCAGACGCUUUGCGGACACCGCUACUGUGCACCGUGCCUCGCCUGGAUUGUCAGACAUGGUGAAUCUUCCUUGUGCCCCAAGUGUGCGGAGGAGCCGAGUGCCCUGACCGAGGACAGCUACCUGACAGAAGACAAGGCUUUCAGCGACACGGCCAUUAACAAAGAGAUCUCAGAAUUAGGGGUUCACUGCGUGAUCCCGGGGUGCAGCUGGAGCGGGGUGCUGAGCGAGUACGAGGAUCACCACAGGGGGUGUGACUUUGGGGCUGUGCGCUGUCACCUCGGCUGCGGGGCGAUGCUUCAGCGGCGGGCUCUGACCGCGCACUUGGACGGUGAUUGUCCCGCUAACUCCUCGCUGUGUCCCAGAUGUUCCCAGAGAAUCUCAAGAAACCAGAUACCGAAACAUAAUUGCGAGAAAAUGUCCAAGGAUCCGACGGCCCGGAAAUCAGAUAUUCCAGCAAAAGGCCAAAACCCCCAGAGCCCAGCAGACUGCCGCUUCACUCCCUUGGGAUGCACUUACAAGGGAAGCAGAGACAAGAUGAAGGACCACGAGAAGUCAUCAGCGGCGGCGCACAUGUCUCUGGUGUUACCGCUGUUACUACGGAUACAGAACGGUCCCCUGGCAGAAAACGGAUUUGGUGACUAUAAACCUGCAGGUAUCCACAAUGAAGAGCCUGGUAAAGAGGGGAUCGCCACGGACUGCGGCCACCAUAAUGGCGGUGUGCCGGCGCCUGAUGUGAUCUCCCAGAUCUGUGUGAUGGAAUCCCGGAUACAAGUGGCGGAGAACAUCAUCUCAGUGAUGAGCCGGGAGGUCGAAAGCUUCAGCGCUAAGGUGACCGCCGUGCUGGAGGAGAGGGACGAGGGGCAGCGCAAGCUGCGGGUGUGCGAGGCGAAGAUCACAGAUUUGCGUUGCACAAUUGCUAAGAAGGAAGCGGAGAUGAACGAGUUGCACGUACAUCUGGCGACGCUUGAGCAGACGACGUACGAUGGAAUCUUCCUGUGGAAAAUAAACGACUUUGCGAGGAAAUGUCAGGACACAAGCGUGGGAAGAACCGCCAGCCUCUACUCUCCAGCAUUCUACACGGCGCGGUACGGCUACAAGGCGUGUCUGCGCAUUUACCUGAAUGGAGACGGCGCGGGGAGGGGGACGCACAUCUCGCUGUUCUUCGCCAUAAUGAGAGGGGAACACGACGUCCUGCUGUCCUGGCCGUUCAAGCACAAGGUGACCUUCAUGCUUCUGGACCAGAGUAACCGCGAGCACCUGAUCGACGCCUUCCGCCCAGACGCCUUCUCCGCCUCCUUCCAGCGGCCGGUGAACGACAUGAACAUCGCCAGCGGCUGCCCGCUCUUCUGCCCGCUCUCCAGACUGCAGUCCGGGCGCAGCGCCUACGUGAAGGACGACACCAUGUUCAUCCGCUGCAUAAUAGACACCAGUGAGUAGUCACCGACCGCGCCACAACCGCAACAACCCCAGCGCACUGUGUGAACUGGUAUUUAUAAAAACUACCAAAACUGACCCCCAACA